AUGGCAGAAACUGUUUUAAGCUCUGGUGAAAAAAUUUUCAUACUCCAUGGAAUAGAUGUAAGUUAAUGUAAAAGAAUCUGAAAUAUAUGUAUAUGUAUUUAUAAACUAAACUAUAAACUAAAGUUAUUUUAUCAUUUUUACAAUUUUAUAAUUAUAAGGCAGACUUUAGAAAUGAUGGUAGACGACGAUGUGAAUAUCGAUCAAUGGAGAUCGAAACUAAAUUAAUGCCACAAACGCAUGGAUCAGCAAGAUUACACAUAGGAAAUACAGAUAUACUUGUUGGCAUUAAAGUAGAACUUGAUAUACCUCAUGCUGAUAAACCAAAUGAAGGAAAAUUAGAAUUUUUUGUUGAUUGCAACUGAAAUAAGCAAUGUUUUAACAGCUGCUUAUCAAACACGUAAUGCUUUUGAUUUAAAAACACUAUGUAUUUUACCUCAUAAAAAAUGCUGGAAAAUAUAUGUUGAUGUUUUGAUUCUUCAAUAUGGUGGCAAUCUUUUUGAUGCAGUAGGAAUUGCAGUUAAAGCUGCAUUAAAUAGCACAGAAAUACCAAAAAUUACAGCUGCAACUCUUGAUGGUGGAGAACCAGAUAUUGAGUUAUCAGAUGAUUCUUAUGACUGUAUACAAUUGGAUACGAAUUGGCGAUAAUUAUAUUAUAGAUCCAACCUUGGAAGAAGAAGUAUGUAGUACAAGUAGUAUUGUUAUGUCUGUACUACCAAAUGGUAAAAUUUCAUCAAUAGUUAAAUUGGGUUAUGGAAGCAUUCAAUUUAAUACAUUUACCAAAAUGUUGCAAGUAAUAAUAUUAUUAUACAUUAUACAAUGUAUCUCACAUAAUCAUCGCCACGGUUUUUCAGGUCGAAUUCUGAUGAAUAAGUGUAAUAAAUCAAGGUGACUUUAACUUUUUAUUGGAAAAGAAGGUUUUUGUAAUAUUUGUAAUAUUUAUAAACAUGUAGCCGACUGAAAGCUGA